AUGGCUCUUGCUUCCAAAGAAAUGGCCUCGAAUAUUGGAAGCAUGGCCAUUGCUGCCAUAGAAAUGGCCUCGAAUAUUGGAAUCAUGGCCCUUGCUGCCAUGGAAAUGGCCUCGAAUAUUAGAAGCAUGGCCUUUGCUGCCAUGGAAAUUGCCUCGAAUAUUGGAAACAUAUCCCUUGCUUCCAAAGAAAUGGCCCCGAAUAUAGGAAGCAUGGCCCUUGCUGCCAUAGACAUGUUCUCGAAUAUUGGAAUGAUGGCCCUUUUUUCCAUGGAAACGGCCACGGAUAUUGGAAUGAUGGCCCUUGCAUCAAUAGAAACGGCCACGAAUAUUGGAAUGAUGGCCCUUGCUUCCAUAAAAACGGCCUCGAAUAUUGGAAAAAUGGCCCUUGCAUCCAUAGAAACGGCCACGAAUAUUGGAAUGAUGGCCCUUGCUUCCAUAGAAACGGCCACGAAUAUUGGAAUGAUGGCCCUUGCUUCCAAAGAAACGGCCACGAAUAUUGGAAUGAUGGCCCUUGCUUCCAUAGAAACGGCCACGAAUAUUGGAAUGAUGGCCCUUGCUUCCAUAGAAACGGCCACGAAUAUUGGAAUGAUGGCCCUUGCUUCUAUAGAAACGGCCACGAAUAUUGGAAUGAUGGCCCUUGCUUCCAUAGAAACGGCCACGAAUAUUGGAAUGAUGGCCCUUGCUUCCAAAGAAACGGCCUCAAAUAUUGGAAACAUGGCUCUAGCUUCCAUAGAAAUGACCUUGAAUAUAGGAAGCAGGCCUCGAAAAUUGGAGUCAUGA